ACCGCGGCCGCAGAUGUGGGCACCAGUCCGGGAUCCCGCCCUUGCUCCCCGCGGUCGGACCCGGAGCGGUCCGCUGAGCUCCCACUUCUUGCCCCAGGUUCAACCAGCUCUGCGUGUCUGUUGUUCUCAGCACUCUGCUAGGCUAGAAAAAGAGGAGGAACCUGUCCAGAAUCCCCUCAGGAAAAGGAGGAGAAAUCUCAACAUGGAAAAGCUCUGCAGUGAAAAUGAAGGAAAGCCCGAGAGCCAAGGAAAGCUGGAAAAUGAAGAAUGGCCCCGCGAACUGGGAAGGCCGGAAGUAGCUUAUACGCUGGAAGACAAGGAAAAGUUAGAAAAUGAGGGAAAGACAGAAGCUGAGGCAACGCUAGGGGCUAAGGGAAAGCUAGAGAGCCAGGCUCUGCCAAAAGAAGAAACGCCAGAGGUUGAGGGAAAACCAAAAGAAGAGGGGAAGCCAGAGAGCCAGGGAGAGCCAGAGAGCCAGGGAGAGCCAAAGGAAGAAGGAAAGCCAGACAGUGAGGAGGACCUGGAAGGUGAGGAAAAUCCAAAGCAAGAAGGCAAGCCAGCCAGUGAGCCAAGGGCUGUAGGAAAGCGCCCGGCUGAGGGUGAUAUCCCCAGGAAAGCCAAAAGAAAAACCAACAAGGGGCUAGCUCAGUGCCUGAAGGAACACAAGGAGGCCAUACACGACAUGCAUUUGAGCAAUGAGGAGAUGAUAAGAGAAUUUGAUGAGAUGGCUAGGGUGGAGGAUGAGGUGAAAAAAACCAGACAGAAAUUAGGGGGUUUUAUGUGGAUGCAAAAAAGUUUACAGGACCCCUUCCACCCCAGGGGCCCGAGGGAACUCAGGGGUGGCUGCCGGGCUCCACAAAGGGGCUUUGAAGACAUUCCUUUCGUUUAGUGCCCCUGAUUGGCAUUUGCCAGGCCCUGUGCUUUAGACCUUGUGCUAGUCUUUUGCUUUAGAUGUCCCUCUCGAUAUCCAGCUGCAGCCCUCUGUGUUUCAGUAGCAGAUUUUCAUCCUUUGCAUGGAAAAAUGUUUAUGGUGCAUUGUAAAAUUAAAACAGAAACAGUUUGCAGAACCAUA